AUGAUUAAAAAAGUGUCAAAAUCUUUUAAUAACUUAGGUUUACCAAGGUCCAAAUCACUCAAUGAUGCUACUAACACAACUUCUUCUUCUUUCAUUUCUAUAUCAUCACCGUCGAUUUCAAAAUUAUAUUCUAGACUAUUACCUAGUAAUAAUUCUUCCAAAAAACCUUCGAUUGCUCAAUCAUAUAAUGCACCAAUUGCACUGGAUCGUUAUUUAACCAAUGAAGGUCAUCGUCUGGUUAUUUCUCAUCUACGUCUAUCAAAAAUUCAAACUGAUAUAAAAAAUGGCCGCUUACACGAUUUAACUGAAAAAGAUAUUGAUGAUUUUUUAAAAAGUUACAAUGGUGUGGCUACGAAUUCUUACGAAACUUUAAAUUAUCAAGAAUUAAAAUUAUCUCUGCCAGAAUAUUCUUCGCUGAAAUUGAUUCUGAAAUCAUUAUACAAAAACUCAACUGUCAUAACAUUGGAUUUAUCAUUCAACAAUUUAAAUGACUCUGAUGCAAAAAACAUUGCCAAAUUAAUCAAAAAAAAUAACAGAAUCAAAGAAUUAAAUAUAGCUUAUAAUAAUAUAAAUGGUGAAGGUGCAAAACAUCUUGCAAAAGCACUAAAAGAAAACAAGUCAAUAGAAAAAUUUAAUCUCGAAUCAAACGAUUUAAAUGUUGUAGGUGGCAAGCAUAUCGGUGAUAUGCUAAAGAAUAAUAACACUUUAAAAUAUUUACAUUUGGGCAGAAAUAAUUUACAAUUCGUUGGUAUAAAACAUAUAAGUGAAUCAUUAGUGAUGAACAAAUCAAUCGUCAGUUUAAGUUUAGAUUCCAACAAUAUCCAACCAGCUGGUGUAAAUGAGCUGGCUAAAGUUUUAAAAACAAACAAAAAUUUAACUCAUUUAUAUCUUCCAAGUAACAAUCUUGGUGAUGUAGGAUUGAAUCAUAUAUGUAAAGCUUUAUUACAAAACUCCACUUUAAUCUAUCUUGAUUUGGAAUUUAAUAAUAUUGGAAUGGGGUUAUCUUCAUUAUCCAAUGGCAAUAAUGGAAUUGAUGAUGACGAUGAUGAAAAUGUUAGAAUAAUUGGUGCAAAAUCACUCGGUAAAUUAUUAGAAAAUCACAUUGUACCGAGAGCAAUGAAUCUAACAUCAAAUCCUAUUGGUAAUAAAGGGUGUGAAUUAAUAUUUUCUGGAUUUCAUAAAAAUAAAACUAUGGAAUCUUUAUUAUUAAGUAAUUGUAACAUCGGAUUAGAUGGUGCAAGGGUCAUAAGUGAAUCAUUAAAAUUCAAUAAUGGCUUGCAGAAUCUUAGUUUACACAAAAAUUUACGAUUAGGAGUUGAUGGUCAUUUAUUAAUAGCUGAUGCUUUGGAUAAAAAUACUUCGCUCAAAGGCUUACAACUCGAUUAUAAUUUUGAUGAAUGGGGAAGUGUUGGUGAUACAAUUCAAGAAUGUUUAACAAGAAAUCAUUUCUUACAACAAGAAAAAUAUAAUACUGCUUACAGGAUUUUAAACGCUUCCAGGAUAAUCCUAAAUACAAAACCAAAUCAUAAUCAUCAAAAAACUAAAUUGGAUCAAUUACCAUUGGAAAUCAGCGAACAAAUUUUGUCCUUUUUAGACUCUAAAAAUGUAUUAACAGAAUUACAAAUUAUCUCAAUUGUAAAAUGGUCAACAAGGAAAGAUACUUUAGGAUCUACUUUGGAAGAUUUCCUUACUAAGACAUUAAGUGCCUAUUAUCCUAUAACUCCUGACGUACGACUUUGGCCAACUGAAGUUACUGAUAGUGAUACAAUUACCAACAGAUUUUAA